GGAAGCGGCUGGUCAACCCAGGAAAAUUAGCUCUGAAAAACCGCUAGAGGAAAAUCUUAAGACUCCGGCGGCAUUGGUCUGAGUCGGAAAAACAUUCAAAUUGCCCGUUAAACGUUAGUUUUGAUUAAUUACGGCCAGUUGGAAGGCAUUUGCAUAGUGCAAUUGUUGCGGCACUGCUCCAACGGAGACGAAAAACAAUAAGAAAAACUGCAGCCUGCUGCUGCUGCAAAAACCGGAAAUUCUAGAUCUCUUGGAUCUCACGAUCCCAGCGUAUAAACAAAACAAACAAAUGCUAAAAAAAAAAACAACUGAAAGACCUAACAACUGAAAAAACCCACAAAAAAGUGACACAAAUAAAGCAAAUCCCAGUGGCGACCGGUGUGUGUGUCCAGUGGAUCUGGUACCCAUAAUACCUAUCCUAUCUAUACCUUCAGCUAUAUAGCCCCCUCCCGAGAAACGCUGAGUGUUGAGUUUAUUUCUGUUUCUGUGUCGGCUUCAGCGGUUUUCGCUUUUUUCUUGUUAUUAUUGCUGGCCAAAACGAGGGAAAAUCGGCGAGACGGCAAGACGUGGUCGUGGAAAAUCGUGCGCUCUUAAAGUAACAUAUUUAUUUUUAACAAUUUCGCAAGCGUUCAAAUUUUGCUCCAGCAAAAAAAUCAGAACUCAGAAGCCAGACAAUCGCAACCAGAACAACAACAAUAAAUAGAUCGACGGCGGCGAGAUCGUUAAGAAGCCAGAAAGGCCAAAAUUGAAACAAAAAACCAAAACAGCAGCCGUUGCGGCAAACGGCCGGCGACUUUUGCCUCUUAAAAAUUAGUUUGGAAAAUCGACAACAACAGGAAGCCGGGCGACAGGUACUCCUUCGAGGGCGAGGACAAUCGGUGAAGCGCAAGCUAGGAUUGCGAGUGAGAUGUCCACGGCCACUUGUGCCCGCUUCUGUGCGCCAUUGACAUCCGGCCCAGCAGGAUCCACAUCAAAAUUGACAGCCGGAAGCGUGACGACAGGAAACGGAAGCGGCAACAUGACGUCGUCGUACAAGAAGAAGAUUCCAUCAAACAGCACAGCGGCAGCGGCAGCCACAAAUGACAGCAGCAACACAGAGGCAACAUUCACAUUCAAAUUGGGGCGCUCCAAUGCACGGAGCAGCAGCAACGUGGCCUCCAGCGAGUCUUCCGAUCCGCUGGAAUCCGACUACAGCGAGGAGGAGGAGGAGGAGAAGGAUCAGGAGCCGGUGACCAACAGCCGGAGCAGCAGCACCGCCACCACCACAAGCAGCUCCGCUGCUGGCCAUGACCAUGAUGUCGACGAGGAGGAGGACGACGACGAUGAUGAUGACGAGGAAGAGGCAAAUGGCCGGGAGGGCGAUGAUGCGACCCAUGAUUCCAGCGAGAGCAUCGAGGAGGAUGACGGCAAUGAGACGGACGAUGAGGAGGACGAGGAUGACUCCGAGGAGAGCAGCAGUGUCCAGACCGCAAAGGGAGUGCGCAAAUACCACUUGGACGACUACCAGAUAAUCAAAACAGUCGGCACCGGCACCUUCGGACGUGUGUGCCUCUGUCGCGAUCGCAUUUCGGAGAAGUAUUGUGCCAUGAAGAUUCUGGCCAUGACCGAAGUCAUUCGUCUCAAGCAGAUCGAGCACGUGAAGAACGAGCGGAAUAUAUUGCGCGAGAUUCGACAUCCGUUUGUCAUCAGUCUGGAAUGGUCCACCAAGGAUGAGUCAAAUUUGUACAUGAUCUUCGAUUAUGUCUGCGGCGGCGAGCUUUUCACAUACCUGCGAAAUGCAGGAAAAUUCACUAGUCAAACUUCCAAUUUCUAUGCGGCUGAGAUAGUCAGUGCCCUGGAAUACCUGCACUCCCUGCAAGUCGUGUACCGCGACCUGAAGCCGGAAAACCUUUUGAUUAAUAGAGAUGGCCAUUUGAAAAUCACAGACUUUGGCUUUGCCAAAAAGCUAAGGGAUCGCACCUGGACUCUGUGCGGCACACCCGAGUAUAUAGCACCUGAGAUUAUCCAGUCCAAGGGUCACAACAAGGCCGUGGAUUGGUGGGCUUUGGGAGUUCUCAUCUACGAAAUGUUGGUAGGCUAUCCUCCUUUCUACGAUGAGCAGCCCUUUGGCAUAUAUGAGAAGAUUUUGAGCGGAAAAAUCGAAUGGGAACGUCAUAUGGAUCCCAUUGCUAAAGACUUGAUCAAAAAGCUUCUGGUGAAUGAUAGAACCAAGCGACUGGGCAACAUGAAGAAUGGUGCCGAUGACGUGAAGAGGCAUCGCUGGUUCAAGCACUUGAAUUGGAAUGACGUCUACAACAAGAAACUUAAGCCACCAAUUUUGCCCGAUGUACAUCACGAUGGGGACACGAAGAACUUUGAUGAUUAUCCCGAAAAGGAUUGGAAACCCGCCAAGGCAGUAGACCAAAGAGAUUUGCAGUACUUCAAUGAUUUCUAAAUAUUAGAGAAAGAAAUUUU